CCGCACAGCGAUCAUGUCCAAUGGGAAAGACGCGAGUGCUGCUGAGAGCUCCUCCGAGAUGACCCUCAAAGAGUGCCUGGACGAGUGCAUGGAGGCCCUGGACCUCUUCCUCAACAACCACUUCACCGAGAGCCUGGAGAUGCUGCGACCGAGGUAACGCAGUAAAACCUGAGGAGGCCUUGAACUGUCCCAACUCUCAGCUCAAGGGGAACCCCGUUCUGGCUUUCACCGCGUUCGCGGCGGUAUGAUUUGGCAUGAUAUCAGCAGUUUUCGUGCCUCUGGCCAUGUUAAAGAGACGUAUGUGGUGUGAACUGCGAAGCGCCGUCCUUCCUGUCAGGCUUCAGUUCUCCAGGAUAUGAAGUGUUUGCCGAAGCUGACGCCCAGGGGCUGAGUGAUUCAACAGCUAACAGUGAACAUGGAGAAGCUGCACGUUGCUGUUAUACAGAGUUUGCUUACAGUAUGAGGUGUGUGACCCUGCGACUCUGUGUGUCCCAUGCAGAGUGAAUGAGAGUAUGUACCAUGCCCUUAUCUACGCCACAGUCCUGGAAAUGCAGGCCAUGAUGACUUUCCAGCACGAUGACAUUAGCAACGCAGGGAACACGAUGAAGAGUGCCCAGGAGGUCUGUAAGAGGUUUCGUCGGAAAUCCCAGUCUUUGGCUAACAAGUUAGGAGGGAACCUGCUCUCUGAAGUGCAGCUCCACGCAGAAGUGUGUUAUGCAGAGUGUCAACUCCAAAGAGCUGCUCUAACCUUCCUACAGGAUGAGAACAUGGUGAGUUUUAUCAAAGGAGGGAUCAAAGUACGAAACAGUUACCUGAUUUACAAAGAGCUGCAUUCCUACAUAAAUUCUCACCACUGUCUCAAAGGACCCAGUCACGUUCAGUUAGAAGGAGGAAUAUCGUUUGGAAUAGGGGCAUUUAAUCUGACGCUCUCUUUGUUUCCUCCACGGAUACUCAAAGUUUUAGAGUUUGCAGGCUUCUCCGGAGACAAGGAAUACGGCCUAUCUCUCCUGCAUGACGGUGCGACAGGGUUGAACCUGCGCUCCAUGCUGUGCGCUCUGCUGCUGCUCUGCUACUACACCUUCCUCACGUUCUUACUAGGAACUGGUGAGGGAGAAGUGGCAGAAGCUGAAAAACUGCUGAAACCUUUCCGGCUUCGUUACCCACGGGGAGCGAUAUUCCUCUUCUUCGCCGGCAGGACUGAAGAAAUCAAAGGGAACAUUGAUGAGGCGGUGGCGCUCUUCGAAGACGGCUGCAAGGCCCAGCAGACGUGGAAGCAGUUUCACCACAUGUGCUACUGGGAGCUGAUGUGGUGCUUCACCUACAAGCGAGCGUGGAAGAUGGCGUACUUCUACGCCGACCUGCUGAGCCAGGAGAGCCGCUGGUCCAAGGCCAUGUACGUUUACAUGAAAGCUGCUUACCUCAGUAUGCUGCCGGAGGAUGAGGACAGGCCGUUCGGGGAGGACGAGGUAGAGCUGUUCAGACAAGUGCACACAUUCAAGCAGAAGAUAGCGGGGAAGUCUCCCCCAACAGAGAAGUUCGCUAUCCGUAAAGCCAGACGCUACAAGCAUCCCAGCCCGGUCAAGCUCUCAGUACCAGUGCUGGAGAUGAUGUACAUGUGGAACGGUUUCAGUAUGAUAAAGAACUGUCCAGAGCUGACUGAGGGCAUGUUGCAGACUUUGGUGGAGGCAGAGCGCACUCUGCUGGAGUCUCCCGCAAAUGAUUACACGAUGGACGAUCGCUGUUUGAUCCACAUGUUGAAGGGCCUGUGUUUCAGGAACCAGGGUCUCCUCCAGGCUGCUGAGGAGUGCUUCAACAAAGUGUGCUCAAGUGAAAAGAAGAUCAGGUUCGACCACUACCUGGUGCCCAACACUCUGGUGGAGCUCAGUCUGCUUUACAUAGACCAAGGCAGGAGGGAUGAGGCUAUUAAACUGCUGAACAAGGCCAAACACAACUACAAAGAAUACUCGAUGGAGUCUCGCACGCAGUUCAGGGUGCACGCUUCUUUGGCCAAACUCAAGGCGAACCCCGGCGAAGAGGACACGCACAUGUAGGAGGACGAUUCUUCAGGACUGACACAGGCACAGGCUCCUCACACUGGACUGUUUUAGCAUCACAUCGGGUUUUAACACAUACAUAUAUAUGUGUGUGUUCUCAUUAAGUUAACGCCGGGUUCAUUUUUUUUAAGCAUUAAGUGUAAUAGAACAAAGGUAAAAACCUGGAUAUUUACAAGAGCGUUACUGUGAGACCGGCCUGACUGAGGGACCCCUCGGGGGGGGGUGUAUGUACAGUAGGCGUUUUAUUUAAAUAAUUAAACACUAACAGAUUUGAAAGCCACUAGAAAUGUGAUGUAAUUAAUUUUAAGAAUUCAAAAUGAAAUGUAUAGUAAUGAGUCUAUUUAACUGUAUUUAAAGAUUGAUUUUUAACCUAAUUCAGUUUCAGCGUAUUGUGUUUAUCCACAGAAGGUCAAGAUUUUGCUUUUUUUUCUGUCCACAUUGACAAUUUGAGUGUCUGAAUUCACCAGAACUCGACGCAGAGACGUGUUUUGUUCGGGACGGGCUCAUUGCAAAAACUUGUGUAGUGUUAAAAAAAAAAUAUUUUUGCAUAAAUAAACUGUCCUUAAAACCAAAACGA